UUGAAGCCGGGUCACCUUUAAGGAGCUUGGAAGGAAGUGUUUGGCCUUGGUAACGGUGUCGCGAUGUGGUUCGAGAUUCUCCCCAGGAUCGCCAUCAUGGCCGCGUGCUUAUUCAUUCCGGGAAUGGCCACUGCACGCAUCCACAGGUUCACUCACGGGGGCAAGGAAAAAAGGGUUGCCCAUUAUUCAUAUCAGUGGAAUUUGAUGGAAAGAGAUAGGCGCCUCUCUGGAGUUAAUCGUUACUAUGUGUCAAAGGGUUUGGAGAACAUUGAUUAA